UGGCUUGUUGAUAAACCUGCCUGUCUGCUUCGAGUUGGAGAGGAGGAGCCAGUGGUUUGUGGAGUCCGGACAAAAGAGACGUGAUACUGGAUCACUGGAGCUAAAAGCAGACAGACAGCUGGAGGGCUUAACUUUUAGCAUAAGGCACAGUUUUUCAACCUCGGCACUGCAUUUGUGUGUAUUCGGGCAUUCGGAAAGGUUCGGGAUGCGUUUGUGAGCACUUUGGAGAUGAGUGUAUAACCGGAGACAAGUUUUUGGACACACAAGGGUGUGGGUGUGUUUGUGUGUGUAGUAAGUAUGUUGGGGAUGGAAAAGUGGGGCUAACUGUAUGCCAUGGGGGGUUGUCAGAGUUACCCCUCAACUACAGAGGCAGAUAACAAGACUCUUCCAUCGUCUGACGUCAGCAGCGAAAGACUGGGCAUCAAUAAUAAUCUGGAGGAGCGUCCGUAUCUGCAAGAACAGUAUGUGUGCCAAAAAAUCACAGAGACAGACAUUUUGGCUCUCACAGCCCUGCCGCCAGGGGUGGACAAAGCAGAAUGGCUUGCCAGCAACACGGUGACUUUUUUCAAGCACGUAAACCUGUUCUCCAGUGCACUGUGUGAGUUCUGCACUCCCACCACCUGUCCAACUGCACAUGGACCUGGAAACAUGACUUAUGUCUGGACUGAUGAUCACGGCAGGAAGCUAAAGUGCUCCGCUCCUCUUUACUUCGACUACGCAAUGUCUUACAUUCAGGACCUGCUCACUGAUGAAGAUGUCUUUCCCACAAAAGCGGGGUCAGUGUUUCCGACAGGCUUUGUCUUCUUGGUUCAGAAAGUGUUUUUACUGUUGUUCAGGACCCUGGCUCACAUUUACUGGUCUCACUACAGAGAGAUCAUUGCUUUGGGUCUGUCAGCACACCUCAACACACUCUUCACCCACCUCACAUUCUUUUGCCAAAAACAUGCACUGCUGGAGCCUGAAGACACGGAGCCACUGCAGGACCUUAUCACAGCUUUGGAGCCACCUGAUUUUCCUGCAUAGCUUUUUUUUUUUUAAACUAGACUUACAUCCUUGACAUCUCUUUUGGGAAAAGAAAGUCUUGCUAUACUAUAUACUAUGAGCAGCGUAGCAGUGUGGUCUGUACUUUUAUACUGUGCUUUUUCUAGUCCUGAUCACCAUUCAAAGCGCAUUACACCACAGGUUUUGCUAUCUACCUGGAUAUAUUCUAUAAAACUUAAAUUUUUUUUGCUUUAAUGUUGCAUAUAAGUGCAUUUUACAGUGUUUUUUUUUUUAAUUAUUAUAUUUUAUAAAUUCAGGAUUUAAGAUGUUAUUUAAGUCUUCUUAGUAGAAAUAAAAAAAGAUCCUCUGGUUUGCUUUUUAAAAAGACAAUCUACGCUUACUAUGAACCGAGUGUGCCACAGAUUCUUUUGCGUUAAUAGUCACACGCGACAGUGUAAAGACGAUCACGAUGAUGUCACCGCAUUUGAAGUUUGAAGGUUAAAUCUUCUUACUGUACGUUAUGUAUAAUUCUGCGGCUUAUAAUAAACUUUAUACUCAUUUCUGAAUGUUGAAGAUUUUAAAAUACUGUAUUUUCCGGACUAUAAGUCGCAAUUUUUUCGUCCUUUUGGCUGGGUUUGUGACUCAUACUCUGGUGCGACUUAUAUAUUGAAAUAUAUCAUUUCACGUUUGACCACUGAAAAUUUACAUUUUUGUUAUUUUAACACUGACAGCCACCAGAGGGCGCUCCGGAGCGACUUAAAUAUGUUUUUUUUUUUUUUGUUCUAUGUUAUGCAUUUUUUGGGUAUUGCAACAUAUACUCGUGAUUGACUUAUAUUCUGGGAAAUACGCUAAAUUACAUUCUACUGUAAAAAUGUAUUUGAGAAAGCCUGCAUUGAUGUAAACAAAUUCUGCUUUCUUGGUGUUUUACUAUUCAAUUUCCUGUUAUUUUUACCUAAAGAAAGUGUCUCAAUCCGCAUGGUUGGGGUUUAACACCUCAGGGUUUCAGUUAGGGUUGUCCAAUAUUUGCCGAUAUCCGCUAAUGCCGUUGAUGUCCAAACACUUCAUUUCCGAUUUCGAUAUCAACCGAUACAGAUAUAUGUAGUCGUUUGCCCUCAAAACUGUGGUAAACAUCUCAGGACUCCACAAGCAAUUCCAGCAUAUUUGGCAAAACCCCGGCAUUGCAUUAUCAGGUUUUCGUUAUCGGAGGAAAAACUGAAAUUUAUGCUAAUAUCGGGCUAAUAAUAUCAUAUAUAAUAUGUGAGAAUUCUCAGGACAGAUCUGAGGUCUUUAUCAUUAUAUAUACUGGGAUCCGUGACCAGAUUUGUGGAAAUUUGUUUUAUUGCACACCUACUUACACAUAGAUAGAUAUUAACAUCCACUUUAUUUUAUUUUAUUUUUUUGUUUUGAUUAGUGAAGAAUAAAACACACACAGAUUAAAGGACUUGAACGUUUUCCUUUUCAGAUGGUUUUGGUUCCAAAUUUUGUGUCUGUACAUUACAACACGUUAAUCCAUUUUUGUUGCUCAUUAAAACUUUUUUUUUUUUUAAUGAU